AGUCACCCAAAGCCAGGCUACCUAGCACAAACAAUAUGGCCGCCCAACAGUGGGUCGCGAGAGGAAGACAUUAUGAAAAAGAGAAAAUUACCUUACCAUCUGAACCAGUGCAGGAGCAUCCACUAAAACUUGGACAGAUUAUUUCAGUUGAUAAAGGUCAGAAAGACAAAGCUAAGAAGCAAGAGCAAUCAGGACCACCUUCAGUUGACCCUUUGUCAAUAACUAACUCAGGGGAUGCUUUUGAUGGCCUGGAUCCUUUAUCCAUGUUUAUGGCAGAACAAGCAGCAAGCAAAACAGUCCCUACGUCUGGUCCUCAAAGACAAAGGGUUGAAUCCUUGAGCAGUGUCUCAGAAGCUGAUGGCAUUGAUAGAGACACUUUUGAACCAUGGGCUAGUAAACGAACUAACAUUUUAACGAAGUACACAACAUCAGAGAAGCUGUCAAUCACUACUAGUUUCCUAUCUUCAUCUGACAAGGACAAAAUCGUGAUUAAACAGCAAACGUCUGUCACUGACAAAGUCAAGCAUCGUCUUGAACAGCUGGAUGACUUUGAAGAAGGUUCAGUGAAGGAAAUGCUUAACCUGAGUCAACAAGAUUAUGUCAAACGAAUUGAGGAGCUUAAUCAGGCUUUGAUUGCUGCAUGGGAAGGUGAUCAGAGAGUGAAAGCUUUGAAAAUUGCAAUCCAAUGUGCAAAGCUUCUUUCYGACAUCCAAGUUAUUCAGUUUUAUCCCAGUAAAUUUGUUCUUGUGACAGAUAUUCUUGAUACUUUUGGGAGAUUGGUUUAUGAAAGACUUUUUAGGAAAUCUGCCACGUUUACGCCUGGAAGUAAUGUUCCUGUAAUGCUCCCAGAAAACUUUACUGCUGAUCAAGUGCCAGAUUCUGCCAAGGAAACAUGUCGCAACUGGUUUUUCAAGAUUGCAUCUAUCAGGGAACUUAUCCCAAGAUUCUUUGUUGAGACAGCCAUCCUGAAGUGCUACAAUUUCCUAACUCAAGGGGAGUUUUCUCAAGCUCUUAUAAGGCUAACUAAGAUGAUUAGAGGGAUUGGUGACCCCCUUGUGGCUAUUUAUGCAAGGUGCUACAUUUGUAGAGUUGGCAUUCUGGUUGCACCCAACGUCAAAGAACAUCUUUUAGAAAAUUUGUAUAGCUUUAUUACAUGCUACAAGCAGUUGCAAAGUGAUUCUGUUCAAAACACCUUAGCAACUCAAAGACUUGAAAUGCAACAAUAUCUUCAACUGUUUCCCCCUGCUUUAGACUGGAUUUUACAAUGUGUUGCCCAUAAAACAUCUGAGACUGCUCUAACAGACAUUCUCAACCGAUGUAAAGAAGAAUGCAACAGUGCACUGUUGUUGAACUCCAUUGUCCUGGCUUUCCAGCCUCAGUUCAUAUCCAAACGAGCUCUACAGUUUACAGAACUGAUAAGGAACUGUGAAGAAGCUGGCUUCCCAAAGCAUCAUUUGUACAGAUCUCUUGGGCUGAAUCUGAUCAUUUGUGAUCCUCCAGAAGACCAGAGACUUUCAAUACUCAGUGAGGUGUGGAAAGUUGUAAUGAAACUGAAGAAUGCCGGGGAAUACAUUAACUGUGCCGAAGUAUGGAUAGAAUACCCAUGCAAGCACUUUACGAAACGCGAGAUUAAUACAAUGCUGGGUGAUGUUAUUAAACAUAUGACACCAGAGAGAGCCUUUGAGUACCACUACCCUCAGUUGCUUACUAUAAUUUCCAAGCUUCUCUCUCAUUUGCAUGACUUUUCUACCUUGUUUUCAAUGGACAAGUUUCUUCCAUUCCUCGACAUGUUUCAAAAGGAGUCAGUGAAAGUGGAUGCUUACAAGAUGAUCAUGGAAGCCUUCGUGAAGUACCAGCUCGAACCAACUACAGAUCCUGUUGUCCAAAAUUCCCUCAUGUUUGUUUGUAAAACCCUGCACGAUUCUGUGAAUGCACUGACAUUAGAAGAUGAAAGACGAGUCAUCGGAACACUUAUUAGCGGAUAUUUACGAAAGAUUGACUUUGGUCGUGAUUUUGAGAAGCAACUCGAUUUCUAUGUUGAUGCGCGUGCGUCAUUUUCUAACUUGGACCCAGUCCUCGUCAUGUUAGUCCAGAGAGUCAAUUUACUGGCCCUACAGACAAGGGCUAUCGUCAAUGGUAACCAUUCAAGGAAAACUGCUUCAUUUGUGAGGGCUUGUGCAUCGUAUAGUUUUAUCACUAUUCCGUCAAUUGUGGACAUCUUCACCCGAUUGCAAUUGUACCUUUUUUCUGGUCAAGUCGCCAUGUCCAACCAAGCUUUAAGUCAAGGUGAUGCAUUCUUCAAAGCAGCAAUCAGUUUAAUUCCAGAAGUGCCCAAAACUAUAGAAGUGGACUACAAGGUCAAGGCUUCAGAACCGUUUCUUCUCAACUUCUUAAACGAAUUUUUGUCGACCCUACUUGUUGUUCCGGAUUCUCCUGAUCAAGGCGUACUAUACUUAACUCGUGGAUUGUUGAACGUUAUUCAAGAAUACACGUGGGAAAUGAACAGCGAUGCAAAGAUGACGUUAUAUCUGAAUGCAGUCGGGCUUUUAUCAGCCAUGUGCCAGGAAAAUUUCCUUUAUCACAUUGACAAAGUUGAUUCGAACGAUAAGCUGUAUGGCUGUGAUGUGAAAUUCAUAACAGAAGUAUGUAAGAUUGUCAGUACGUUGAUCCAGACUGUCUUCGAUCACCUAAAGACAUUAACAUCACACGAGGGUCUAAAGCGACAAGCUGCCAUUGCUCUUGGGUUUUUUAAUAGAAUAUUAUGCCAUGCAGACCUGAGUAAUUCAGACGUAGCGACGUUGGCUAUAAACUUAUGGAAUCUUGCGCAGAAACAUGGCUUUGGAGGAACAAAAUACAUGGUUCGUACUYUGGAUUAUGUACAAAACAAAGGGAAUUCAGGAUUACCGGAGUUCGCAGAACUAUCAAAGAAGAUGCAUUUGCAAACGAGAACUUAGAGCUGUCAUCCGAUCAGACAUCAAUGGAAAGCAACGUAUUGAGUGGUAUUGUCAUUAUUACUUCAAAAUUAUGAAUAGAAUCGACUUUAAUCCUAUAAGCUAUAAAAGAAGGCAAUUGGUUCGUCUUUGUCUGUAGAAAUAUUAAAUGAAAAACACUGCAAAGUUCUACGGUGUGACGAAACAUGGGAAGAAAAUUAAGCUUGCCUUCUACGCAGCCAGUCGUUGGUUACAUAAGGCUUAUAAGGCUAAAACAACUUAACAGAAUAUUUUCCCUUCUUACAGUACAUAAAGAAUAAACAUAUCCCCUAAAUGUGAAAGUUAUAGCGAUAUUUUAUUGUAAAUGAGACAAAUAUCAAUAAAGUUUGUAAGAAAAGUAA